AUGUCAACACAACGCAUCUGGACGACGGACGGUAGUCAACAGGCGGACUAUGUACAUGAUGCCGAGAAAAGCCCCUCGAAUAAUAACAAAAGUAAUCACCACCAUCCGCCGGAUGGUAAUCCCUACCUAAUCGGUAUCCAAUCGAGAUUCCGUCGGAGGUACUAUCACAAAUCGAUACUGUUGCUGUUGCUGCUUAUCAUCCUCAUCCUGAUGAUCGUUAUCAUAGUAAUUGCCUGUUUGCUUCACUUCCCACCGGAUAUCUGCCACACAGCGGAGUGCUUACGGUCCGCUGCCGCCCUGAAACAGAGCAUGGAUGACACGGUGAACCCUUGCGAUGACUUCUAUCAGUACACCUGUGGCAACUGGGAGGAAGAACACCCCCGACCGGACACGUACACCAGCUUCGAUUGGUUUAGCGAGCGGCAGGCGAAAAUCCUACGCAACAUCCGUCAGUAUCUGCAGGCGAACAGCACCGCGUUUGAUCCGAAACCGGUUGUUCAGGCGCGGGCCAUGUACAGGGGCUGUAUGAACCUAACCGCCAUGGAUCGACUUGGCUAUGGGCCGGUAUUUAGGUACCUCAAGCAGUUCUACCUUUCACCGUACCCGUCAGUGCUGAACGUGACGGAACCACUGUCCGAGAGCCAUGAGUUCGAUUGGGUUCGUUCGUUGGCAAAGAUCAAGCAGCUGCUCGGGAUGGACGUUUUCAUAGGGCUCGACGUAUAUCCGGACCCACGCCACAGGGACCACAAUCGGUUGGUGUUGGGUACGCCCGAGACAGGCUCGGAUCUUCCGUUCAACACCGAUAUCCUAAAACAUAUGCGUCGUCAUGGGAGGACUCGAAGGAAGCUAACAGUGAGUGCAGACGAAACCGAUCAGGAAGAAGAGGACCGGGAGGAGGAUAACUUUCCUAAAGAUUCUGCAUCAUUAGUCGCCUAUAAGCGGUUCAUGGUCGGGGUCAUGAAGAUUCUGGUGAACGACACCGAUCCGACGAUAAAGGUGGACUACUUUAACGCCAGCUUUGAAAAAGCGGCAUCAAUAAUUGUGCAAUUUUCGGACACUAUUACAAAGUUCAACCGAGAGGCGGAAAAUGCAUCCAAGAGUACCAACGUGGAGGAUCGGCUAAAUCUGCAGGACAUCGUGUACUAUACGGCGUCGGAGCUACAAAACAUCACCGACACCCAUAUCGCCCCGAAGGACCCCUUGCCCAUAUGGGAGAAACUGCUGAACGGCAUGUUCGAGGGAAUUCCUGAGGCACAGCUAAACUUGCACGAGGAAAUGGUACUCACCAGCAAUGCCGAUAUUCUCUACUUGAAACUGCUGGUCGAGUAUCUCUCCGUGACGCCGCUCGCCCACGUCGAGCUGUACAUCUGGUGGACGGUGGUGGAAGAGCUGAUCCUGCACACCACGAUGGAGGUACGGCGGCUACACUACACCUACUACCAAACACUAGGCAUUGGCGAUGGAUUCAGCUCGCGAACGCUCUACUGCACCGGCACCGUCAACAGCCUGCUCGGGAUGGCCGUCAGCUACGCCAUUUCGCACGACAACUUCACACAACACACGAAACCACGGGUUCAGGAUAUGCUCCGCUACAUACGCACUGCCUUCGAGGGACUCGUCCGCGACACGACCUGGAUGGACUGGCCGACGAAGCAGUCUACGCUGCGGAAGUCUGAAGCGAUGCGCAGUUUGAUCGGGUUCCCCGAGUGGAUUCUGGACCAGCAACGUUUGGAGCAGCACUACAACGGGUUAAAAGUUAACGAAAGCACCCACCUGGAAAACAUGAUGGAGGAAGUUCAGCGGAAAAACAUCAUCAAGCUGCGCCGCUGGCGCCACAAACAUGAGCUCGACUGGGACACGCUGCCCACCAACGUGAACGCAUUCCAUACGUUCCAGGAAAACGCCAUCACCAUCCCGAUAGCGAUCCUUCAGUAUCCUUUCUAUCAUCUUGGCCUGGAGGCUCUGAAUUAUGGCGCCAUUGGAACCGUUCUCGGGCAUGAGCUAACCCACGGCUUCGACGAUAGUGGCCGGCAGUUUGAUGAAAACGGAAACCUGAAGCAAUGGUGGACAACCAAAACCAUACAGGAGUAUGUCAACCGGUCCAUGUGCUUCGUGAACCAGUACAAUCGAUACUACAUACCGGAAGCGGACGAUUAUAUCGAUGGGCUUUUAACGCUGGGAGAAAAUAUUGCUGACAACGGGGGAGUACGGGAAGCGUUCCGGGCGUACCAGCUGUACGUGAAAAACUCCGGUAAAGAGGCACUGCUGCCAGGAUUCGAAGGUUACACACACGAACAGCUCUUUUUCAUAUCCUACGGCCAUAUAUGGUGCGAAUCGCAUACGCGUGCUGCCGCAAAGGCUUAUCUCGACGAUACGCACUGUCCCGGUAAAUUUCGGUUGAAGGGAGUACUGACAAAUUCGCCCGAGUUUAGCCAAACAUUUGGCUGUAAGCUCGGUAUGGAAAUGAACCCGAAGAAGGAUAAAUGCCGCAUAUGGUGAAGGGACCUUUUUUUGGUUCCCUGGAAGAUUUUA